AUGGAUGACUUUGUCCUGAGCUGUUCAGAGUCCUGCCAGCCAUCCUACAGAGCCGCCAGCCAUCCUACAGUCCUGUCAGCCAUCCCACAGUCCUUUCUGCCAGCCAUCCCACAGUCCUGUCAGCCAUCCCACAGAGCCGCCAGCCAUCCCACAGUCCUGUCAGCCAUCCCACAGUCCUGUUCCAGCCAUCCCACAGUUCCUGUCAGCCAUCCCACAGUCCUGUCAGCCAUCCCACAGAGCCGCCAGCCAUCCCACAGUCCUGUAAGCCACCCCACAGCCCUGUCAGCCAUCCCACAGCCCUGUCAGCCAUCCCACAGUCUUGUCAGCCAUCCCACAGUCCUGUCAGCCAUCCCACAGAGCCGCCAGCCAUCCCACAGUCCUGCCAGCCAUCCUACAGUCCUGUCAGCCACCCCUACAGUCUUGUCAGCCAUCCUACAGUCCUGUCAGCCAUCCCACAGCACUGCCAGCCAUCCCACAGUGCCGCCAGCCAUCCCACAGUCCUCCCAGCUAUCCUACAGUCCUGCCAGCCAUCCCACAGAGCCGCCAGCCAUCCCAUCAGCCGCCAGCCAUCCCACAGUUCUGCCAGCCAUCCUACAGUCCUGCCAGCCAUCCCACAGAGCUGCCAGCCACCCCACAGUCUUGUCAGCCAUCCCACAGUCGUCAGCCAUCCCACAGCACAGCCAGCCACCCCACAGUCUUGUCAGCCAUCCCACAGAGCCGCCAGCCACCCCACAGUCUUGUCAGCCAUCCUACAGUCCUGCCAGCCAUCCCACAGUCCUACCACAGCCAUCCCACAGUCCUGCCACAGCCACCCCACAGUCUUGUCAGCCAUCCCACAGUCCUGUCCAGCCAUCCCACAGCCCUGCCACACCACAGUCUUGUCAGCCAUCCCACAGGAGCCGCCAGCCACCCUACAGUCUUCUCAGCCAUCCCACAGUCCUGUCAGCCAUCCCACAGAGCCGCCAGCCACCACCCCACAGUCUUGUCAGCCAUCCCACAGAGCUGCCAGCCAUCCCACAGCACUGCCAGCUAUCCCAGAGCAGCCACAUCCCACAGUCCUGCCAGCCAUCCCACAGAGUUGCCACACCCCCUACAGCUCUGUCAGCCAUCCUACAGAGCCAGCCACCACAGUCUUGUCAGCCAUCCCACAGUCUUGUCAGCCAUCCUACAGAGCUGCCAGCCACCCCACAGUCUUGUCAGCCAUCCCCACAGUCUUGUCAGCCAUCCCACAGAGCCGCCAGCCACUUCACAGUCUUGUCAGCCAUCCCACAGUCUUGUCAGCCACCCCACAGAGCCGCCAGCCACCCCACAGUCUUGUCAGCCAUCCCACAGAGCUGCCAGCCAUCCCCACAGCACUGCCAGCCAUCCCACAGGAGCCGCCAGCCAUCCCACAGUUCUGCCAGCCAUCCUGACGGCGCCGCCAGCCACCCCACAGUCUUGUCAGCCAUCGUACAGAGCUGCCAGCCACCCUACAGUCUCUUGUCAGCCAUCCCACAGUCCUGCCACAUCCACAGAGCCGCCAGCCAUCCCACAGUCUUGUCAGCCAUCCCACAGUCCUGUCAGCCAUCCACAGAGCCGCCACCAUCCCACAGUCCUGCCAGCCAUCCCACAGUGCCAGCCACCCCACAGUCUUGUCAGCCAUCCCACAGUCCUGUCAGCCAUCCUCCAGUCCUGUCAGCCAUCCCACAGAGCUGCCAGCCAUCCCACAGUCCUGCCAUCCCACAAGAGCCGCCAGCCGCCCUAAGGUCUUGUCAGCCAUCCCACAGUCCUGUCAGCCAUCCCACAGUCCUGUCAGCCACCCUACAGUCUUCAGUCAGCCAUCCCACAGUUCUGCCAGCCAUCCCACAGUCCUGUCAGCCAUCCUACAGUCCUGCAGCCACCCCACAGUCUUGUCAGCCAUCCUACAGAGCCGCCAGCCACCGUAAGGUCUUGUCAGCCAUCCUGACUGUCCUGUCAGCCAUCCCACAGUCCUUCCUGUCAGCCAUCCCACAGUCCUGUCAGCCAUCCCACAGUCCUGGCAGCCACCCCACAGUCUUGUCAGCCAUCCCACAGAACCGCCAGCCACGAAGGUCUUGUCAGCCAUCCCACAGUCCUGUCAGCCACCCUACAGUCUUGUCAGCCAUCCCACAGUUCUGUCAGCCAUCCCACAGUCCCUGUAGCCAUCCCACAGUCCUGUCAGCCAUCCCACAGUCUGUCAGCCAUCCCACAGUUCUGUCAGCCAUCCCACAGUCCUCGUCAGCCAUCCCACAGUCCUGUCAGCCACCAACAGUCUUGUCAGCCAUCCCACAGGUUCUGCCAGCCAUCCCACAGUCCUGUCAGCCAUCCUACAGUCCUGUCAGCCAUCCCACAGUCCUGUCAGCCAUCCCACAGUCCUGUCAGCCACCCUACAGUCCAGUCAGCCAUCCCACAGUUCUGUCAGCCAUCCCACAGUCCUGUCAGCCAUCCCACAGUCUUGUCAGCCAUCCCACAGUCCUGUCAGCCACCGUACAGUCCUGUCAGCCAUCCCACAGUCCUGUCAGCCACCCUACAGUCUUGUCAGCCAUCCCACAGUUCUGUCAGCCAUCCCACAGUCUCUGUCAGCCAUCCCACAGUCCUGUCAGCAAUCCUACAGUCCGUCAGCCAUCCCACAGUCCUGUCAGCCACUGCACAGUCUUGUCAGCCAUCCUACAGUCCUGUCAGCCAUCCCACAGUUCUGUCAGCCAUCCUCCAGUCUCCUGUCAGCCAUCCCACAGUCCUGUCAGCCAUCCUACAGUUCUGUCAGCCAUCCCACAGUCCUGUCAGCCAUCCCACAGUCCUGUCAGCCACCCUACAGUCCAGUCAGCCAUCCUACAGUCUUGUCAGCCAUCCCACAGUCCUGUCAGCCAUCCCACAGUCUUGUCAGCCAUCCCACAGUACUGUCAGCCACCCUACAGUCCUGUCAGCCAUCCUACAGUCCUGUCAGCCACUGACAGUCCGUCAGCCACCCCACAGUCUUGUCAGCCAUCCCACAGUCCUGUCAGCCAUCCCACAGUCCUGUCAGCCAUCCCACAGUCCUGUCAGCCACCCCACAGUCCUGUCAGCCAUCCUACAGUUCUGCCAGCCACCACAGUCUUGUCAGCCAUCCCAGUUCUGUCAGCCAUCCCACAGUCCUGUCAGCCAUCCCACAGUCCUGUCAGCCAUCCCACAGUACUGUCAGCCACCGUACAGUCCUGUCAGCCAUCCCACAGUCCUGUCAGCCACCCUACAGUCUUGUCAGCCAUCCCACAGUUCUGUCAGCCAUCCCACAGUCCUGGCAGCCACCCACAGUCUUGUCAGCCAUCCCACAGAGCUGCCAGCCACCGUAAGGUCUUGUCAGCCAUCCUCAGUCCUGCUCUCAGCCAUCCUACAGUCUUGUCAGCCAUCCCACAGUCCUGUCAGCCAUCCUACAGUCCUGUCAGCCAUCCCACAGUCCUGCUCAGCCACCCUACAGUCUUGUCCAGCCAUCCCACAGUCCUGUCAGCCAUCCCACAGUCCUGUCAGCCAUCCCACAGUCCUGUCAGCCAUCCUACAGUCCUGUCAGCCAUCCCACAGUCCUGGCAGCCACCCUACAGUUUGUCAGCCAUCCCACAGAGCCGCCAGCCACCGUAA